UGACACGUCCAGGGGUGAAGUGGGCUGACAUGCACCUGCUGGCGGACCGAACCCACCUGGAGGAGCUGCUGAAGCUGGGCAUCCUGAAGGGCAACGUGGAGGACAUGAUGGGGGUCCGCCUGGGAGCCGUCUUCAUGCCCCACGGCCUGGGCCACCUGCUGGGCUGCGACGUGCACGAUGUCGGGGGGUACCUGGAGUUAGGUUGGCUACCAGACCUGUUAGCAUUCAAUUUGACCGUAAAAGGGGACAAAGGAAAACAUUGAAGGUUUGUAUAAACAUGGUAGUGGUAGAGUCCUGUCAGAAAAGGUAAGAAAAAUAUGAAUAUGUCUGGAAGGGUGUUCUGCACAACAGCUGCAUUUAGCUCAAACCAAAUGUCUCAUGUCAUUCUUUUCUUGGAUGUUAUAUUAUGAAAUAUAUUGCCUCAUUGUAACAAAAAACAACAUUUUUAUAAGCCACACUGAACAGAUCAACCAGUGCUGAACAUUUUA